AUGGAAAGCUUCACUACGCGUGCAACUCACGUUGCACGCGCUGACUGUCUCCACCUGUCGGACCCAGAGUGGGAGGCCCUCCAACGACUGUCAACAGUCAUUGCAACACAGGGUUUCAUCCUGAUGGAGCAACGCGAUGUUGCUGCUACUACCGCGGCGCCGUCUGGGACGACACUGUGGAGAAGUGCUGAAUUGUUCUCCGAGAAAGGCGGCAGGGCCGAUCGACUGGAGGCGUGGGAGAUCGGCGAUCGAGAGACAGGCAGCAAGGAUCUACGGAUCAGAAGGAGUUCUUCGGGAGAUCUCAGGUGGUCCGACGACGCCGGCGCGUAA